CUUUCCGGUGUCGAGUAAUCGAAGAGGGUCGGUGGAAAAGUCAGCCGGCUUCAAGGUCGAUAUUCGGUCGGUUCAAAAAUACGGUCGGACUUUGCACGGAUGCAUGUCAGCUGGGCUGCGCCAUCAGGCAAAGCCGCUGAGUUUAAAUACAUCUUAAAAAGUCGGCCAUCCCCCAGUUGCCGUAUUUCUUCAGCAUCACCCACACUUGUAAUCGGCACCCUUCAACGAUGGCAACCCCAGUUCGCAAAAGGUUGAGAUCCACGUCCCCCGGCAUUCAAGAUGUCAGCAAAAUAAGAAGCCAAGUUGAUCGGAUAGUUGGAAGGACCCAGGCAUUACUAUUAAACAGAGCAGCCAACGAACUUCAUGAUGCCGUUAGUGCAGAAACGGCUACUCUUAUCUUGGAUACCUCUGAGAAGUUCUUUGAGCAAGACGGUAUUCGACCAAGUGGCUCAGAGUUAUCCGUCGGCACGAAAAUCAAGCGUGAAUGCAUAAUGAAAUACCCUCGAUACGAAAUUCUCGAGGAUCAAGACAAAAGUUUGGUCGCACUCGGCGCUAAUUCCAUUCUCGAUUUGUCCAAGCCUAAUUCAGUCCAUAAAGAGCUUUUCUCCCAUCAACAAUGGGCCCACUUGUUACAUCAAUUCAGAUCAACUUGCGAGAGCAAUACUACGCUGCUGGAGGAGAAUAAUAGCAUUUUGCGAGGAAUUGAGAAGAAAAGACCUCAAUGCUGCGAGGCUAAAGGCCAACAAAUUGGAAAAUGCUCAUAAGGGUGCGUUGUCCACACUUCUUAACAUGUACUCUGAGUACUUGAAAAUCCUACAGUUCAGGAAAAGACUGCUCCGACCGGACCUUGAAAUGACAGAUGAUGACUUGGCUGUGAAACUCUGGGGCCCACUGUUGGAGUGUAUUAUGCG